GCUGGCCCCUGGUGCUCGCACCCGGCCUUCAUCACCAUCACCCGCCGCUUGUGUGUCUGCUACAGAGCUACGAGAAGCCUGCUACAAUCUGCUACAGCUACAAGUCCAGCAGGAAGUCCGGAGGAAGGAGAGGAGGAUAAGGAGGAGGAGCGGGGCGCAGCAUCGCACCGUGCAUGGUGCUGCGGUGUCGGAGGGAGUGGAUGAACAGCCGGAGCUGACCCAGAGAUGGCUGUCCUCAAACUGGCCGACCAGCCUCCUCUCAUCCAGGCGAUCUUCAGCGGAGACCCUGAAGAGAUUCGUAUGCUCAUAUAUAAGUCGGAAGAUAUCAAUGCUCUGGAUGCAGAGAAGCGCACCCCGCUGCAUGCAGCGGCCUUCCUGGGCGAUGCCGAAAUCACAGAGCUCCUCAUCCUCUCUGGGGCUCGGGUCAACGCCAAAGAUAAUAUGUGGCUCACCCCCCUCCAUCGUGCUGUGGCAUCUCGGAGCGAGGAGGCAGUGAGAGUUUUGAUCCGCCACUCGGCCGACGUGAACGCGCGGGACAAGAACUGGCAGACGCCGCUGCACGUGGCUGCAGCCAAUAAUGCGCUGCGAUGCGCUGAGGUCAUCAUCCCGCUGCUGAGUAGCGUCAACGUGUCGGACCGCGGCGGACGUACCGCCCUGCAUCACGCUGCCCUCAACGGCCACACUGAGAUGGUGAACCUCCUCCUCGCAAAAGGCGCCAACAUCAACGCCUUUGAUAAGAAAGAUGGCCGGGCUCUGCACUGGGCAGCUUUUAUGGGACAUUUGGAUGUGGUUUGUCUGCUGGUGAGUGAGGGGGCGGAGAUCAGCUGUAAGGACAAACGGGGAUACACUCCCCUCCACGCGGCGGCCUCCAGUGGGCAGAUAGCUGUGGUCAAACACCUGCUCAACCUAGCUGUGGAGAUAGAUGAGUCCAAUGCAUUUGGGAACACGGCGCUCCACGUGGCCUGUUUUAAUGGUCAGGACGCCGUCGUCAGUGAGCUAAUCGAUUACGGCGCCAACGUCAGCCAGGCUAACAACAAGGGCUUCACCCCGCUGCACUUUGCCGCCGCCUCCACACAUGGAGCACUCUGUCUGGAGUUCCUGGUCAACAACGGGGCGGAUGUCAAUGUACAGAGUCGUGACGGGAAGAGUCCUCUUCACAUGACGGCAGUUCACGGACGCUUUACUCGCUCCCAGACCCUCAUCCAGAAUGGUGGGGAGAUUGACAGUGUGGACAAGGACGGCAACACCCCUCUCCACAUUGCUGCCCGUUACGGUCAUGAACUCCUCAUCAACACGCUUAUCACCAGCGGAGCAGACUGCACAAAACGAGGAGUCCAUGACAUGUUCCCUCUCCACCUGGCUGCCUUGAACGCUCACUCUGACUGCUGCAGGAAGCUGCUCUCCUCAGGUCGGAGGUUUAGCAUAAUGUGUAACGACUCGGUCCUGUCUGCAGGCUUCCAGAUAGACACUCCUGACAGCCUGGGGAGGACCUGCCUGCACGCUGCUGCUGCCGGAGGUAAUGUGGAGUGUGUCAAGCUACUUCUGAGCAGUGGUGGAGACCACAACAGGAGGGAUAAGUGCGGCAGAACUCCCCUCCACUACGCAGCCGCCAGCCGUCACUAUCAGUGUCUGGAGACUCUGGUUGCUUGUGGCACCGCCAUCAACGCCACUGACCAGUGGGGGCGCUCUGCGCUGCACUAUGCCGCUGCCUCGGACCUGGACAGGAGGCGCCGUGUUGCUCUGGAGCCAGAGAGUGAUGGAGUUCAGGCGGAGAGGGAGAAAGAGGCAGCGCUAUGUUUAGAGUUCCUGCUGCAGAGCGGAGCGACGGCCUCGCUGAAAGACAAACAGGGCUACAGUCCCGUCCACUACGCUGCGGCCUACGGACACAGGCACUGUCUGGAGCUGCUGCUGGACAGAGACGACAGUCACCAAGACGACCCUGAAUCUCCGAAUCCUCGGAGCCCGCUGCACCUCGCUGCGUACCACGGCCACGCUCAGGCCCUGGAGGUGCUGCUGCAGGGCGAGAGGGAGGUGGACCAGGGAGACGAGGUGGGGAGGACCCCCCUGGCCCUGGCCGCCCUCCGGGGCCACACUGAAUGCGUUCACACCCUCCUCGGCCAGGGGGCGUCGCCACGCGCCACAGACACCCAGUACGGACGCAACCCUGUCCACCUGGCAGUCAUGAACGGUCACACGACGUGUGUGCGCCUUCUGCUGGAUGACUCGGACAGUGCAGACCUGGUAGAUGCUGAUGACUCUCAGGGACAGACUCCUCUGAUGCUGGCGGUGGCGGGAGGACACGUGGACGCUGUGUCGCUGCUGCUGGAGCGGGAAGCCAACGUGAACCUGGCGAGUAAGCACGGCCUCACUGCACUGCACCUCGGGCUGCUGUGUGGUCAGGAGGAGUGUAUCCAGUGUCUGUUGGAGCAAGAAGCUUCCAUUUUGCUGGGUGACUCUCGGGGUCGUACCGCCAUCCACCUGGCCGCCGCCCGCGGUCACGCCUCGUGGCUCUGCGAGCUGCUGAGCAUCGCCGGCUCCGAGCCACCGGCCCUCCCCCCGCUGAGGGACCACAGCGGCUACACACCGCUGCACUGGGCCUGCUACUACGGUCAUGAGGGGUGUGUGGAGGUUCUGCUGGAGCAGAAAGGUUGUCGCUGUAUUGAUGGGAACCCGUUCACCCCUCUGCACUGUGCUGUGGUGAAUGAUCACGAGUCGUGUGCAUCGCUGCUGCUGGAGGCAAUGGGUUCGGACAUCGCUGGCUGCAAAGACGCUAAGGACAGGACUCCUCUUCAUGCUGCAGCAUUCUCGGGUCACGUCGACUGCGUCCAGCUGCUCCUGUCUCACGAUGCACCUGUCGAUACUGUGGACCAAUCGGGUCGCAACGCACUGAUGAUGGCGGCGGAGAAGGGCAGAGCCGGAGCCCUCGAGGUGCUGUUGACCAGCACCAGUGCCAACCUCAGUCUGACGGACAAAGACGGCAACACCGCCCUGCAUCUAGCCUGCAGUAAUGGAAAGGAAGACUGCGUGAUGUUGAUCCUGGAGAAGCUGUCGGACACGGCACUCAUAAAUGCCACAAAUGCAGCGCUGCAAACUCCUCUCCACCUGGCGGCUCGUAGCGGUCUGAAGAAGGCGGUCCAGGAGCUGCUGUCCCGAGGAGCCAACGUUCAGACGGUGGAUGAGAACGGUCUUACGCCUGCUCUGGCUUGCGCUCCUAGCAGAGAGGUGGCUGACUGUCUGGCUCUCAUUCUGGCUACCAUGAUGCCUUUCUGCUCCCCUUGCAGCUCCGGGGCUCCCUCCCCAGGCUCCCUGCUGAGGCAGCUGCCCCACCAGGGGGGUAAAGGCCCGGGCACCGGCCCUCGGGGGCCACGCAGCCCCAGGAACCCCUCCGGACCCUCCAGCGAGGGGACCACCGAGAACGACUCAGAGGACUCGGAAACCUUCUGACCCCUCCUAAACCGACUCUCUACCCUUCUACCUCGAACUGUGCACCUGAACCUUUCACCCCGCACCCCCAGGAAUGAUGCAGUGUUUUAGUCUGUAGUGCACUCUUGAGGGAGAAAGGUAGAGACUUGGUUGUGACACAGCUUGGAUGUUUUGCAGUGUCUGUAUCUUGUACAGAGUCGCCCUCCUGUGUGACACCAUGCUGGAGGCCCCACAGCGCUUUUUCUUAGUGCCCUUUUUCCAAGAACGAUGAGCAGAGCAGCCACACUGCCCCAGGAUUUACUGCUGCAGCAGAGUAACCUGCUUCACGGAGAAGAAGAAUUCGAUCUGGACCAGUUCUGGUCUGGGUCUGCAUGCUUGUGUUAACUUACACCACGGUUAGUUCUUUCUACUCACGGGUGCUUAAAUCCAACCCGACCUCGGUACUUUAGUCUCUGCAUGGCAUAGCAACUCGCCUCCGAGACUUAUUUUGUCUUUUUAAAAAAAAAAAAGCCAUUUGUACAAAAUUAAGUAGGCCAUUAAGUACGUGUCAUUUUAACCUUUUUAUGAUUUUUUUUUGUCUUGUUGUUGUACCAAAUAUUUGACUUCCACGCGCAAAUAAUUAACGUACUGAUGAACAGGUACACAGAUCUUGUUUUAAUCGUUAACAACUGAAGCACAAAUUUGGGUUUUCCUUUUCGGUUUUGAUGGAAUGUGAAUAAUUGAAUAUAAAUUAUAAUGUGGUUUAGUAGUUUAAACAUUCACCAGAAAAAUAGAAUAUAACGCACUGGGUACAUCUUAAUUACCUUAAUUGCAUUCACGUUUCGCUUAUUUGUGCGAGGAGAAAUUCAGGAAAAGAUGCGAGGAAAGUUUUUUAGAGAGAAGAGACGUCGGAGGCUGAAUGCGUACCAGUCAGUUCCACAGGCAGCGACAGUGGCGGGACAUGGUGUUACAUACCAACAACCCUCCAUAGUUCUGGUUCUACAUUGUCUAACGAUACACAGAACCAUAAACGCAAGAAUACUUUUUCAGUAUUAACCUACAUUUUAUAUAUCACUGCACUGCAUGAAUAAUAUCCCCUCUUUGGGGAUAAAGGUGGGGUUAAAAAUUAGCCACAGUUAGGAGGGCCAGAGGGGGAUCGAGGCUUAUUACAGGGGCACUGCCCCCCCCAUAACUGCCACUGUGCAGCAUAACUUUUUAUUUUUUUAAAUCAAGUACUUAUUUGCGUCUGCAUUUAUUGAUAUUGUGUCUGUAAAUUCAUUUAUAAAUAAUUAUUAAUAAUGAAUAAGUCAUUUGUAACCAGCAGAUAAAAAUGAGACGCGUGUUUUCCAUUCCUCUUCGCUAAUAAGAGAGAGUGAGGAGAUAAAAAGGAGAUUAUAAAAGAGAUUUGUGUCCAAAAUGUUACCGGAUAUUGCAACCCCAACCCUUCCUCAAGCGAUCAAACGAACGAUCAAAUAAGGGAAUUGGGAUGUACCCACUGAUUGAACCCAGGGCUGCAGAUGUUCCUGCACUGUUCCUCGCCUCCUGUAGAUCAGGAAAGCCAAUGGUGACCAAUUCCCAACUGGGCCGUUCUAAAUGUCUAAUCAUGCAAGCCCAGAUUCUCCAUAAAGACCACAUUUUUUAAUCACUUUUGGGUCCCGCUCAGUUCGUUGUGGUAUUUAUUAUCUAUUACAUGAUGGUACAAAUACUGCCAGCACUUAAAAUGUAAAAUAACACAGGGCCUUGACCACUUUCCUCCUCCCUCCUGUUCGUCUACCUACCAGCUAUGUGCCAUUGUCUCAAACGUGUCCAGUGCCUUGAUGUCGAUCCAUUUUUGUUUUUUUUACAACGAAUCCUUUUGUUAGUAGAUAAUAUUCUUUAAAAGAAUCACCUCACCAAAAUCAAUGAACUGUGGUGGUAUUGAGCCGUGCAAGUUUGUCCAGGUUUUGAGAUAUUUGCCUCAGAUACAAAAUCAAUCAAUUCAUUAUUUCUUUUGUGCAUUUUUGCCUUUUAAAUUGACAGAAUACAGUCGAGACGCACAACAUUGUUUUUUGGAAGGACAGAUUGGUGUUGGGUUUUGAUACAUUUUGAAUUGUUGUAAGCACCACAAACGUGGAAACACGGAGGCAGAAAUGAUCUCAAAACCCGGACAAAUCAAACCAAAACUAUUUGCACAUUUAGCUAGAUGCAGUUCUUUUUUUUGCCCUUUGGGUUAACGGAUGUUGACAGAAAUGUGGGCGGUUAUGUUGCAUUGAAUAACAUGUUUGUGAGGAGUUUGCUUUGUGUGAGGGACCAUUAUCCACCAGACUUUUUUGUGAAAUGAUGUCUCACUCCUUGGAGGCUGCUGUUUUUUAAUAUUUAUUGUUAACAGCUCCCUCGAGAAGACCAAAAACCAUCAAUACUUUAUGACUUUCAUUCCUAAUGAAGUCACAAAUACUCAGAAUAAAAAAAUUAAAAGUUUUUAGCAAACGCUACUCAAAGAAAAUAGUGCAUUUACGGGGGACUAUUUUCAGUGGCGGAUUAAUCCACAUUUGGUGCUCUAGUGAGUAUUUGGGGAACACACGGCUGCCAUAUGUUCAUGGUAAUGAAGGAACGUGGCUCAUUGUGUUUUAAGUUUUUGGACAAUAAUGGAGCUCUAUGGCACAGAGAAAGAAUAUAUAUUAGGGUUUUAAUACUUGGUCUUUUCGUGGGCUUUGCGGACAAUAAGAAAAUCAGAGUUUCUACAGACUUCUCCUUUUAAGUUGGUUGUGUGUGAGAGUGUUAGCUUUAGGUACUGAUAUGAAAUUGAACUGCUUUUGUAUAUAAUGUUGGCGUAAAGCUUUGUAUGAAAACAAAUCUCCAUCACAGAGGACUUUUGAGUGACGUCUCCAUCCUAAAGUUUUUUAUUUGAGUUAUCUUUCCAGACUAAAACAAGUUGUGUAUGAAUAAUGAGCUUAUUUUGAAUUGAGAACCCUUUUUAGCUGCAGUUAGAUUGAAGUAGAUAACUGAUAAGCACACGUUAACAAGUGUUUUUUCAGUCCCUGAGCUGAAGGUCUGCUGAGAGACUGAAUCUGUCUGCCAGUAUUAUUAUUAUUAUUAUUAUUCUACCAGAACAUGAGCUUCACCAGUCCUGACAAUCACGAUGGUCACGUCUGAUGAUUUUGCUACCAGUUCCUGAUGCAGUACGACAUGCUGAGGGCUGUUUGUCAGCUUCCAUUUGUUUUAUAUAAAUUGUACAAUUAUAAAAAUCUGUUUGAAGUUA